UUGGAUGGUUGUGGAUUUUCCCUAGAAAUCGGUAUCGAUGCUCUCAUUAAGAAAUCUCUAAUAACAGUUACAGGUGACAACACAUUGUGGAUGCAGGAUUUGCUCCAAGAGACGGGAAGACAAAUUGUUAGGCAAAAAUCUAUUGUCAACCCUGGAAAACGUUGCAGAUUGUGGAAGGGAAACGACAUCCAUCAUGUGCUAACACGAAACAUUGGUACUGAAGCGGUUCAAGGCAUGUUCGUAGAAAGAUUAUGGGAGCAAAGUAAGACGUUCAGUUUGAGCGGUGAUGUGUUCUUGAAGAUGACAAAACUAAGAUUGCUCAAACUCUUGUAUCUGGAAGCAAAUUCUGGAGAUGUCGUGUAUCUUUCUACUGAGUUACGGCUUAUCAAUUGGCCAGGAUUUCCUUUUAAAUCCUUGUGGAACCUCUUAUGCCUUGUAGCAGGAUCGAAGAACUGUGGGAGGGAAAGAAGGUUGAAAUUGGUCGACCUGAAAAACUCCGAGAGCUUACCGGAGUUGAGCACGGCUACAGAUCUCCAAGGUUGUACCAGCCUAGUAGACGUUCAUCCUAAGCAGGAUUAA